AUGCAACUGAUGGAAGAAGCGGGUCAGCUGUACACCUGCGCGAGACGACAGCUGGAGGAGAGAGUUUGUCUCGCUCCCGAUGGAGCACGCAACCAGGUGUCUCUCCUGUCUACAUCGCUGCGUCCGCCCAAAGAAGAGACUACGCGAAACAAGCAAAGAGUGAAGAGAAGAACGAAGAAGACGCCCGACCAGGAGAGACGGAGACAGGGAAUCGAGUCGCCUCCCUUGGCUCGCUCCAACGUGUGA